CCUCCCCACCUGGAAUGACUGGGGGCGGGGCCUGGAUAGCGGCGCGGUUUCCCGGGUGACGACCGCGCGGAAGAGGCGGGGCUAGGGCCCUGGUCCCCAGUGCCCGGCUCCUGGGGGCCGUGACCGGGAAUCUCGGCCCCCGAGAGUCGGCCAGAAGCGAAGCAGAAAGGACAGCGCCAGAGACCGGUGCUACAAACCCAGUAAUUCCAGUCGUUGACUGGCGGCAGAACUAGGGUCUGAGCCUGGGGCCGCUUGUCGCCGAGAGGCGGCGCAGGCAGGCCAUGCCUUGGGACUUCCCGUCGCUGUGGGAGCUGGUAGAGGAGCACGUUCCGCUCCCGGAGCGGCCCGAAGUGAAGAGGAUUCUGGGGGAGACGACGGUGGACCUAAGCCUGGAACUGCGGGCAGAGGUGGUGAUGCUACAGUCACUGCUACGAGAGGCUCGAUCCUCCCAAGCCUCUGGCCCCCGCCCCACCUCUGACCCCUCCUCCCUUCUGGCACCACCGCCCCUCCUAAGAGACCUCCUGCGCCAGGAACUGAGGCAGCUGCUCCGAGGUCUUCGCCAGAAAGCCAUCUGCGAGGGCAGAGACCAGACCCAGGCUUGGAUCCAGUACAGCCCCAGGGUCCUGCGCUUUGCCCUGGAGGAGCCUGGGUGUAAUUUGCCAGAACAGGAGAUAUUCCAGAUGAGAGCUGGUGAAUCCAGCAGCAGUCAGAGGGACCUCAGCGUCAUCAAGGACCAGCUGAACGUGCCUAGCAUCGACCAGGUCGCUGGACACCUGCGGAGGCUCCUGGAGGAGGAGUGUCACAGGUUGGAGAGGAUGAUCACCAUCCUACAGCGCUGCCUGGAAGAGGAGUAUACAGGGGCAUCCCAGCCCUCCGAGGCGACUCUGGCAGAGCUACGGGAACAGAAGGCAGCCAUGCAACGGGAGCUGCAGGUGGCUCCAGGGCCCUACUAUGUCUCUUCCACCCGCAGGCAGCAGCCCACGCAGUCCUCCAAGGGUCUCAGACCCUUGCCAUGCCUCCGUGGGGCUUCUGGAGUUUGGGCUGGGCCUCUCCGGUGCUGCCUGCCUGCCCCUCCUCUGGAGCGCUGUCCCCAACCCCGAGGCCUGACUACCGCCUGCCGAUGGGGAAGGAAGCUGCAGUGCAACCCUGGGAAAAGGCCAGCUUCACCUCCAAUGCCCAGUCCAGCACCCCAGGCCCCAACCUGAAUGACUGGUCACAAAGUAGGCUUCAGCUCCUGGUGGAACUCGCCCCAUCCACCUCUCAGCUGCUGUGGCCCAGCCUGCUUCAGAUCUAGUCUUGGUUGGAUGGGCCCUUGCUGGGACGCCAAGGCUGUCUGUUGUCUGGCUCUUGCCCCCGCCCUCCCCCCCAAGUCCCUAGUGUCUGGUUCUGACAAUCAUAGCCUUUGGCCUUUCUUCUCCUCAGCCCUCCACAAACUCUUGGCAGGCAGAGGUCUCAUCCCAGCCCCAAAUCUUGUCCCCCUGGGGGCCUCACACAAAGCACAGCAGCAGCUCAGAGACAGGAAUAGAAAUUUCAUUAAAAUCUAUGGACUUUAAAA